CAAUACCAACAAUUGAAGGGUUAUGAAUACUAUCGAUAUUUUAUCAAAACAUUCUUUCUAAUGCAAAUUUUUCCCACCCUUCCUAUUAUUUGGAAAAAAAUUAUUGAAAAUAGAUUUAACAAUUUUUACGAAAUUGAACAAUUGAAGUAAGUUUAAAUUACUGUCAGAAAACGAGAUUGAAACUAAUCUUCAUGGUUGACGUUACUCAAUUGCCAUUUCAGAAUGUAAAUACCGUAAAAAUUCUUUUAAUUACAACAGUCGUGACAUUAUUAUCAUUUUGUGUUCACGAAAUGGCAUUCUUUGCACGUUUUCAAGCCAACAGCAAUGCGGAAUUAUUGCAGUAUCUCAAAAAAACGAAGGUAAUUAAGACACAAAGAGUGUAUGACGCAAUGCUGGCUGUCGAUAGAGGAUCUUAUACUCAAUUGGAACAUGCCUAUGUUGAUUCCCCCCAAGGAAUUGGUUAUGGUGUCACCAUAAGUGCCCCACACAUGCAUGCACAUGCCCUGGAGCUACUGGAAGAUAAACUACGGAAUGGUAAUCGAGCCCUCGACGUGGGAUCAGGAUCUGGAUAUUUAACGGCAUGUAUGGGAAUGAUGUUGAGUCCAGAUGGUUUAGCUGUAGGUGUUGAUCAUAUUCCCGAACUGAAAGAAAUGGCCGAGCGGAACAUUAGGCAAGGGAAUCCGGAUCUUCUCGCCACUAAUGUUGAACUAGUUGUUGGGGACGGUCGAUUAGGAUAUGAAUCACGAGGACCCUAUGAUGCAAUUCACGUUGGAGCGGCUGCAAAAGAAUUACCUCAGGCGUUAAUUGACCAAUUGGCGCCAGGUGGCCGGCUGAUUGUUCCAGUGGGACCCGAAAGAGGCGACCAGGAAUUGUUCCAAAUCGACAAGACUGUAGAUGGUGAAAUUAAGAGCAAAUCGUUGAUGGGUGUCGUCUAUGUCCCUCUCACCGACAAAGAGAAACAAUACAGAUCAUGAGAUUCGUGUGAGCUUCAGUGAGACCAAAUUUUUGUUAUUUGAUUAUUUAUUUAACUGACUGGAGCACAAAAAGAUUGAUCCGUGUGGCACACAUGAAAGUAAAAUUAUCAUUUGUUUCAUUUAUUGGAAUCACUGAUUAGUAAAUGUAUUCACAUCAUUUUUCUUCAAUAUUGUACAAAGUUAAAUAUAAUAUACUCUAUAAUAAAUUUAAUGUUAACUUAA